UUUGAGGUGUGUAUGAUUGAAGCUAUAUGGCUCUUACUAGUAAUUUGGGUCCCAACCGAUCAUGAAGUACGUACCAUGGAUUGUCUAUAUAAGGCAAUGAAGCGAGCGAUCUCUUCUCACACAAGUCCCAUUUUGAUAGAUUUACAACUUCAUACAAAUCAUCUAUUUUGAUUUGAUUUUAAGAUUAGUGUAUCUUUGAAGCUAUGGCUCUUACUGGUAACUUGGAGGUUGAAAUUGAGAUCCAGUCACCAGCCAUUGAGUUCUUCAACUUCUUCACUAAGCAACUUCACAAUCUUCCUAACGCCACUGGCAGCGUUCAUUCAGGCGAGCUUCAUCAAGGAGACGAUUGGCACGCCCUUGGAUCUGUGAAGAAAUGGUCUUAUACUGUCGAUGGAAAGGUGGUGACAUGCAAGGAGAGAAUUGAAGAGAUUGAUGAAGAGAACAAAUCAAUGAAAGUGGACUUCUUCGAAGGAGAUGUUAAGGAGCAACACAAGAGUUUCAAGAUCAUAGUGAAAGCCACCGACAAGGAAGGAGGUGGUGCUAUUGCAAAGUUUAGCUUCUUUUACGAGAAGAUCCAUGACGGAAUCUCAGAUCCAAAAGGCUACUUGGACUUGGCAAAAUCCAUGGCAAAAGAUAUUGAUGCUUAUCUUCUCAGUGCACAAAAGGGAAAGUAGUAAACUAGAACAAGUAAAACAUGGAUCCAAAGUACGUGUGAGAUUAAUGAGUAAACUAAAUUAAAGAAUAAGCUAUGGAUUGUGGUGUAAUCCGAUGUCGAAAGUACUGUGUGUAAUGAAGUAAAGAAUAAGGCCUGUGCUGUUGAGUUCAUCAUGCAGCACUGUGGAAUCGUCUGUGUCAAAAUUGUGUUUGAAUGCUUUUAUGAUUCAUGCAUCAAUUUUAGGCAUGCAUGCAUGUGUGUGUGUGUGUUGAAAUUAUGUGAAUUAAUAUGCUUUUACUAUGAGGUACUUAUGGGUUGGCCUUGAGAUGAA